UGGUACGGUACGUUUCAAUAUUGAUCCAUUUAAUCAUUAUAGUGAUGAAGAGAUAUGGACUGUAUUAGAAUUAGUGCAUCUGAAAGAACGUAUUCGUAAGAUGGAAGAAGAUUUAUUAUAUCAAUUAGCAGAAGGUGGUCAAAAUAUCAGUUCUGGUGAAAGACAAUUACUAUGUUUAGCACGUGCUCUAUUGAGAAAGAGUAAAAUAUUUAUACUUGAUGAAGCUACUGCUGCAAUUGAUAUGGAAACUGAUCGAUUGAUUCAACUCACAAUUCGAUCAGCAUUCAAAGAUGCAACUGUAUUAACUAUUGCUCAUCGAUUGCAUACAAUUUUAGAUAGUACAAAAAUUCUUGUUUUGUCCAAUGGUUGUUUAGAAGAAUUUGACGAACCAAAAUGUUUAGCUGCAAAUCCAAACUCAGCAUUUGCAAGAUUAUUGAAAGACGCGAAUAUUCGACCAUCGGAUAUUACAUCUCGAUAA